AGCUGGUGGGUCACACUUUCCAAGGCGCACCACACCACGGAUGUGGAGAACUCGAUGAUAAUCAGGGAUCCGACCGUCUCCCCAAGAACCUGAAUGAUGUACGGCACGUGCGUGUAACCUUUCGGACACAUCCUUACAUCGGCGACCAGAAGAAGGAUGGCAAACGUGAAGAUCCAAGCGCCCACUUUCGGAGCAGGUGAACAGGUAUCUUUAGGUGGCCAAGGGCUUACCGAUAUUCCGAGCACGAGGCUUGCGAACAUCGUUUCAGUCAAAAUUCGUUUUCGGGUGAAAACAGUAACUGGAGCAUUUUGGGAAAUUCAAAGUCUACACAAAAUUCAAAGAAUGGGGCGAAAAAGGGGUCGAAAGGAGUAUUGUCCCCCCAUUUACAAGCGCCAGAAAGUGGCGCGCGUCACUAACAAUGGAUACCUCAACUUUAUGACCGAGUACAAGAAACGCUUUUACGGACUUUCUCCGCAGGACAUGGUGCAUUAUGCGGCUAAGCAGUGGACCCAGCUGUCCAUGGCUGAGAAGGAAGCUUUCAAGAGCAAGAAACCAUCGACGAUUACUUUGAAGAGUCCAGCACAGUACGUGGCCUGUGAGAUGAAAAGCGAUGUCGCCGGAGGACAGCAAAGUUCUUGCCAAAGACAGUCUCCAAGCGCUCGGCUGAGGGAAUCGGAGAGGAGAUCGUCCAGAUCGAAGACCUUGUGCAGAUCAGCAAAGAAUCGUCAGCGAGGGAAGCCGAAACCUCAGCAAAGCAAGCGCAGGCUCAGUCACAUGGGCUCGGCAGUGGCAUAUAUCCACUUCCUGCGCAAGUUCCAAAGGAAGAAUACUGAGUUGCGCACCAUCGAUCUGCUGAAGACGGCAACUAGAUUGUGGUGCCGGUUGCCCGAAAGGCAUCGCCAUGCGUUUGAGAGGCCACUUUGGAUUGUUACAAUAGGAAAAUCCUAGGCUAGGAGUAAGCAGUAUGAUAUGAUAUAUUUUUUUUAUAGCUCUCAAGACUAUAAGUCACUUUCACUUUUCUAGAUUAAAUUAAAUCUCAUGUUAGAGCAAUCC